AUGGAUAAAAUAUUGCCGAAAGUAAGCCAUACCAUGAUGCCAGAAAAUGGAGAACUUCUCACUUUUUGGCAAGAGAUGUUUAAGAACUUCAAUCCAACCGAAAACCCAGAAAAUGAGCUUUUGAAGCUUUCGUCUGCAAGAUACAUUCUUUUCGAUUCAAUUGUGGCAAAAGAAUCAACAGAGAAAAUUUUCGACUCCCUUAAUUUGUACAAAAAAGUCAGUUCUAUGAUACACGACUAUUGUCGAAUCAAUCCGACGCUCAAUGUGACUGGAGAAAUUAGAGAUCUUUUCGUAGAGUUUGAAAAUCUUGAAGCCGAGCUCUACAAUUUGAAAGACGUCGAAGAUAUGACAUAUAUUCCUGGUGGUUAUGCUGGAUUGUAUUUAGCGGUGAAUAUGCGGAAUAAACCGACAAAGUUUCUACCGAAACAAGUGGAUGAAGAACUCCUAGAAGAGCUUAUAAAUAUGGAUAUACUCCGAGGAACUCCGGCAAGCCAUGCUUUCGUCGUCGCUGCUCUCAAUCAUCAUCUCGAUCUUCUGACAAGCUCUCUUUGGAAAAAAUUUUACAUCGACUGGAGCUAUACUAUCGGCCAAUACAAUGUAUUUAUGGCUCCCAAUGAAUAUAUUCGCCGAAUUCUUCAUCAUAAUCCGUACUCAAAGGAAGACAACUAUUCCCUCGUUCAUAAAAUCGACGAUACUCUCUGCUUUUUGAUGGAUCAAAUGCUCAAGACCGUCUCGCAAGAAAAUGCGUGUGAGAUCAUUUCAACGCCAAAUCAUCUUGGAUUUACAGUUGUUUUCUUCGCCACAAGACUCUACUACCGAGCCACAAGUACGCUUCUCCACCGUUUUCCAGACCUCAAAUUCAAUCAGCUCUGUUACUUUGGCAGCACAGUUGGUCUGAUUUUUACACCACUGAUCGGGCGUAUUCUUGAGCGGGGAAUGAAUCCAUUCAUAAAGCCGAGAUAUGCUGCCCCUGUAAAAAGCUUCAGUUUCGCCCUAAAAGAUGCGAUGUUCGAGAAAUAUCCUGAACUAAAAACUGUCAAGUUGCCAAAAGAAAAGUACUUGCUCUCGGCGCAAUACAGUUCAUUCGAAAGCUACAUUCAUGAACAAGUUGAUAUUGCAGCGCUUGAGCGAAAAUGGGUUACCGGCUACGAUGUCAGUGGAGCGCCCCUGACGUCUUUUUAUUCCUCUUGGUACGAUAUCGGAGGCCCAGAAGAAAGUCAAAGAAUAAAUUCAAUGCGAUACUUUCCUGGCAAACUGAUCAAGAAAGAAAUUCUUUUAGGGAAAGGAGGACAAGGGAGCGUUUACAAAUGUCUUUGGCAUGGGAAACCUGCGGCAGCCAAGUUCAUAAAAAGCAAGGACGUUGACUUACAAAAAUACUUCACCACAAAAGGAGCAAAGGGGGAAAAGGAAAUGAAAAAGUUCUUCACCAAACAAGCGUCGGAGUUUUAUAUUGGUCGCGAAAUCAAGAAUGCCAACGUUCUCAAUAUGUACGAUUUCUUUCUUCAGCACGAAAACGGAGUUACGGAAUUUGUUAUCGUUAGCGAAUUCUGUGAAAAAACUUUGCUUCAAGAAGAAUUUUCCAUGGUCGCAUAUAUUCGAUAUUUUAGCCAGGUGAAUGCAGCAAUCAAGGCAAUGGGAGAGCGAGGUCUGUGCCACCGUGAUAUCAAACCGGAGAACAUCUUGCUGAAACGCGACAGCAAUGGAGUCUUGUCUGUGAGAGUCGCUGAUUUUGGCUUGACUGGAUUUUCCGGGGGAACUCCACUUUACAAUCCACCGGAAUCGAUGAUCAAAUCGAUUCCGUUUGCUUCUGAUAUUUACUCCCUUGGAAUCACGAUGUUGGUUACGCUUUUUGAAACAGAAUUGGCCUUCAAGUUGUUUCUCAUGCCAGUUGAAGUUGGGCAAGAAGUCAGGAAAAAACUCGGCAACCAUAGCAUUGUAUCAUUCGUUUCUAAGAUGAUUGCUGAUGAUUACAAUGAUGCUAGAAUCAAUGCUGAUGAUCUAGGCAUAUCCGACGAUUUCCAUGAGAUAUCUCAAUCUCCUAUCGGAUCUGAUAUCCAGAGACGAGCAGCGAAGUUUGAGAACAACCCCUUUUCCCGACUCUUUUUUUCCGAAACAUUCACGAAAGUCACUACUUUUGAAGGCAUAACCCAGUUGUCCAAGAUGAUUAGUCAUACGAUUCAUGACCAGGGCGAUUCUUUCAAAUGCUGGGCUUUUGCUACAGCAAGUAUGAUCCGUUCCUCACUUCGGGAGGCAAUAUCAAAAACUAAGCGAAUAGUCGAAUCGGAGAAGGACGAACUUUACGAAGCAAUAAAGUCGAUCAAUCACAAACUUCUACGGUCGGAAUUAAUGAUGAAUGUGAUUCCUACAAAAGUAAACGCAAACUCAGAGGAAAUUCAGUCGGCGAUGCUCCAUCACGUCAUGAGGAGACUCACCGAGCCAACAUAUCUUCAGAGAGAAGGUAUCUUUAUGCUUGGAAGCUUGAAACCCAUCCUUGACAGGCUUGAGCCGUUCAAAGUGAAGCUUCAGAUGUUCGCUCAUCCUACUGAUUACGAUAGAUUCCCGGCGAAUUUAUCGAAGAUGGGAGUCGUUGGUGAUUUCGUUGGAGCGCUAGAAGACAAGAAAGUUCUCGUCUGUCCCGUCAAAAUGGGCGAUUCGUCGAUAAAACACGCGAUGUGCCUUUUUGGUUUUAACGAGAAGUCGGAAUUCUUGUUCAAAAACACCUCAAAUGAGACGAAAACAAUCGCCAUCCGUCUUACUAACUGCGAGCCCAGAAUCGGGUAUCAUAUCUGCUUUGAGGAAACUCCUGAAUAA